CGUUCAACGUUCGGCGCAUCGGUUGUUGCCGCCUUCAAAUCACAUUAUGUCUGCCCAACUGGAGAGCAACAAUGCCAGUGAAGACAACAACAAUAGCGCUAAGGAUGUCAGACUCCUGCUGCUGCCAGAGACGUCUUCGGACGGCAAUCCGGCGAGUGUCACUUCGCGCUGCGAACUGCAAAAGAAUUUCAUUGAUGACCUGACACUCACGGUUGACGUGGGCCAUGUGGGGAGGAAGCGAGUGUGGCGCGUGCCCUGGUUUAUUUUGCUGCUGUGUUUUAUGCAGAUAUCACUGCACUGGAUUGCUAAUGAGUGCAUGCAGAGAAGACUGAUCUUUAAGUCGGAGUGGACUGGCGAGUACUGGCGAUUACUGACCUACAUGCUGCUUCAUUCCGAUUACUGGCACCUCACCCUUAACAUUUGUCUACAGUGUUUUAUAGGUAUCUGCCUCGAAAUGGAGCAGGGUCACUGUCGCCUGGCCGCGGUCUAUAUUGUGGGUGGCGCCGCCGGUUCGUUGGCCAACGCCUGGCUGAAGCCCCAUCUCCUCCUGAUGGGGGCCUCCGCCGGGGUCUACGCCAUGCUGGGAAGUCAUGUGCCACACCUGGUUCUGAACUUUUCGCAACUGUCGCACCGCUAUGCCCGCAUCGCCUCCCUGUGCAUUUUGUUCCUCAGCGAUGUGGGUUUCACAUCAUACCACUUUUGCCACAAUCACAAUCGCAGCCCGCGGAUCAGUCUGGAGGCCCAUAUCGGAGGGGGCGUGGCCGGAAUCUUGUGCGGUUUUGUCGUCUACAAACGGGUCCGGCCGUCAAUUCAAAGAGCCAGUUACUUUUAGUCUCAAAAAAGAUAGCUAGAUUAAUGUUGUAUGGCUUACGUUUUAAAAUAGUAUAUUACAAGGUAGGAUAAGAAAAAAUAAAUGCAAUUAAUGUUCUCGAAAAAAAUGGGCAAAUAGUUUUGGUUUGCCAUUAUACUGAACGUGUGAAAAAACAAAAAACAUAAUAUUUGAACAUAUAUAUAACAAAACAG